AGAGUGCUGACACAGGCACACACACAGGGGACAGUGCAUGUGCUGGAGGAGGAGGAGUCAAUGGAGCCUAAAAACACAAGUAUAACAGAGAAGAAGAAGCGCCGGCUGACAGCACUUUAAUAUGAGACUCUGUGGAGCUCUCUGGAUUAUUACUGAGUCUGUGGAUUGGAAAUCAGAGUCAACAGAGACAGUGGACCAUGGAUGCGGAUGUGAGUGGCUCUAAUGUCUCCCAGUGGAACACCUCCUCGGUCCAGGGAAUGCCAGAGUACAGUGAUGCCGAGCUGGUCCUGCUGGGAGUGGCUAUGGCUGUGCUGGUGGUGGCCAUAGUGUUCGGUAAUGUUCUCGUGAUCACCGCCAUCUUGCGUUUCAAGCGUCUGCAGACCGUCACAAACCUGUUCAUCGCCUCGCUGGCGGUGGCGGACCUGGUCAUGGGCAUCGCCGUGGUACCGUUUGGCUCUUCCUACAUCCUCCUGGGGGCAUGGCAGUUUGGAAGCUUCAUGUGUGAAUUCUGGACGGCCACCGAUGUCCUGUGUGUGACCGCCAGUAUUGAGACUCUGUGUGUAAUUGCUCUGGACCGUUACCUGGCCAUCACGUCCCCUCUGAGAUACCCCUCACUGCUCACCAGGGGCCGUGCCUUCGCUGUGGUCUUGGCCGUGUGGAUAGUCGCCUCUCUAAUCUCCUUUCUGCCAAUCCAUCUCAAACUUUGGGUGUCCAGUGAUGACAAGGCUAUUGCAUGCUUAGAAAACGAAUCCUGCUGUGAUUUCAACACCAACGCUGCAUACGCCGUGUCCUCCUCCAUCAUUUCCUUCUACCUACCGCUGGUGGUCAUGAUCUUCCUUUACAGUAGGGUUUUCCAGGAAGCUCAAAAACAACUGGAGAAGAUCAGGGGACGGGAACGCCAUUUACUGAAACUGCAAAUCUCUCUCGCGUAUUCUGAGGAAAGCCCAUCGGAAAGACUUCGAAGAAAUGCGUCGGAUGAUAGGUUGAGCAUGCAAAGAAUGGAAAACGGGAAACCACGGACCGAGAAGCAAACCACCACACGCCGUCUGAAGUUUUGCCUGAAGGAGCAGAAAGCUGUCAAGACACUAGGGAUUAUCAUGGGGACAUUCACACUCUGCUGGUUGCCAUUUUUUAUCUUGAAUAUUUUGAUGAUGUAUCUAGAUCUCGGCGAUGUUAAACUUUUAUUUCGCCUCCUGAACUGGCUCGGAUACUCCAACUCCGCUUUCAAUCCGCUUAUCUACUGCCGCAGCCCUGAUUUCAGACACGCCUUUCAGGAGAUCCUUUGCUUGAGAAACUGGGCCGAAAAACUGCGCUUCAAGAAGGCAUGGGGGUGCUGUAAGGACGGGUAUCCGAAACCACAAUGCACGACGACAAGAGAAAGCAAAGAGACAGAAAUUGUGAGUCAGAGUUUAGGUUGGGAUGGGAGUGUGGACAGUUCUCUAAGGGACAGUCCGAUGACUAUCAGGCUACCAACACCUUUGCCUGAACAGACAUUGGAGGUGUCACCAGGUUCUUUAUCAUCAAACUCGACCAACGGGAGCUGCAAGGAAAGCCUGUCGUCCAUUGCUUAGACUUUAUACAAGUGUUUACAGAUUCUACAAUGGAAAUCAAUUUCUGUGUAAAGGUCACUGAGGUGGUUUGAAGAGAUGAUGGGGAGUUAUGUGCUUAGUGAAAAGGUCAAUAGAUGUGCUGACGUCCUUCUUGUGUUCCUCCAGGUCUGAGUCAGUGCGAAAUGGAUUCACUUACACCUUUUCAUGCAAAUCAUUUUUCAGAUUGGUUUCGAACAUUUUGCAAAUACACUUUUCCGUUCUACUUUUAUUGUCACAGGAUUUACAAACCUAUAAAAUUUAGUGGAGUAAAAAUAAAAAAGACCAGAUGUGCCUCUGGAAUUCAUUGCUUUUCAGUCGUAUAAUUGCUAAGAUUGUAAAACAUGCAUGCAGGUGCUCAUCUUGUCCAAACUGUUGUAUAAAUAGUAAUUCUGUUUUUGAAAUAUCAUCUGGUAAAAUAUUCAAAUUCAUAAAUUGUGUCUUCAUCUAUAGUGAAGUCUGAAAUGUAAAGUUACCACAUGAAGAAACACACAUUCAUUUACAACAUAUCCCUUAAUGUAAAUUUGUAAAUUAUGGAUCUAUUACUUUUUAAGGGUUACCAUGGAUACCCUAUCACUGUGUCUUAAAACAUACAAUACACAUGUACAUAGUAUUUUAAUAGUAGGAUCUUAUCCAGACACACUGCGUAAUGAGAGAAAUCCAAGCUUUUAAACUGCUUUCUUUUUUCCAAUUUAAAAUCCAUCCAGAUGUUUUACCGGUCUCCAACAUCAGACCUGAGUUGCGCAGUGGUGUUUUUAUUUCAUGUUACACAGUAAAAACAGACUGACUGUUGAAUGUCCUCCAAACUGCAGACUCCAUUAAGAGAGUGAGGAGUGAUUUAGCUCAGGUCACACCCAGAGGUCAAAUGAGGUCACCCAAUCACACCUCCAAGUGGCUCCAAGAGUCAUGAUGAAUGUGUUUGAAAGUGAGCGGUGUGAGAGUACAAGUCUGAGCUCUUUAGUUUGUCCUAUUUAUUGAUAUUUUAAAUAAAUACAAAAUAAAAUGAAACGCACAAUACUACAACGGUUCAUGUCAUUAAUGUAAUUAUUGGUGGAAAAUAUAUUUAACAAGAAAAAGUGAUGUUUUUGCUUACAGUAAACCACAAGUGAUUUGAAAUAGUGUUUUAAUAUAUUUUGUUCUGCUUUGUAAUGCUAUUCAAACAAAGUGCAUGUUUAAAGAGCUUAUUUGUACAUUUUGCAUCUUGUGUAUUGUUGAUGUUACUAAGCAAAAAAAAAAAAAGAAAAAAAAAAAGGUAAACUUAACUGUCUCAAUGUUGUUUCAGUUGUAAAGUUACAUUGACGUUAUGGGAUGAUAUCCAUCACUUUAUGGGGACACAACAAUGCUAUACACUUCAUGGGGACCUUGUGUUUUGUGGGGACCAAUAAUCAGCUCCCCAUGAGGUAAAUGCUUAAAUAUUUGAUCAGUUAUGAUUAGAGUAAAGAUAUGGGUUAAGUUAAGGUUUAGGUUAAGGAUGGGGAAGUAGUGUGGUAAAGGUUAGGAUCAGUUUCCUAGAUGCCAAAAUAAUGUCCCUACAAAGUAUGGAACACCUAACAUUUAAGGAAAUCUUCAGGAUUAUCACUUUAUUUAAAACAAAAACAAAAAACCAAAAAACAAAGCAAAACAAAGAAAAAAGGAAGAAAAAAAAUAAAAAUCAGGAAUAGGUGUUACUCAAUCUUACCAAACUCGUUUACUCAAUUUUUGGCACUGGGGUCAAAUAAAUGUAAUUCCUUUGAUAUAAAUGUGUAUUAUAAAACAGAUCUUUUGCUUUUGUACUGUGUCUGUGGAGCUAUUGUGGACAAUGCGUCUUGUGUCUCUCUUCAUAUCCAGACACAUUUGAAUACACGCAUGAUUUUCUACCUCCAUUCUGUGAAUGUCAUCUCAAUUCUGUACAAAUAUGUCUGCUGAAUAUUAAAUGUUGCUUGAGUAAA